AUGGCUAUCGGAACGAAUACCGUCUUGCAGGUGGCAAGUAGAGCCGAGUAUGGCUUCAAGAACAUUCCUGUCAUUGAUAUGAAAGACGCGGACAAUGAUCCUGCCGUCCGAAGACAAAUAGCGAAAGAUAUUUUAGAUGCAUGUGUGAAUGUUGGGUUUUUCUAUGUCAAGAACCAUGGGAUAUUGGAGGAGUUGAUGUUUGAUGCGCUUGAAGUCGGGAAGAAAUUCUUCGCUUUGCCGGAGGAGACGAAGCUCAAGUAUGAUAGCAGAACAUCAUCAAACCUCAAAGGAUACACUGCCUUUCUUUCCGAAAAUAUUGAUCCUGAAAACAGAGGUGACCUCCACGAAGGAUACGACGUUUGCCCAGAACCAGAACCAGACGCUUCGGCUGAGGCCAACGGGAAUGGAAGCUGGGGAGUUAACCGUUGGCCCGAAGAGGUUCCUGGAUUCAAGGAAGCAUAUUUGAAAUACUACAAAGCGGCGACUGCGUUUGGAAAGAAGUUGUUCCCGCUAUUUGCCCUUGCACUUGGUGUUGAUGAAACUUUCUUUGAUGAUAAGACAAAGGGAGCUAGCGCAUUCAUGCGUGUUCUUCACUAUCCUCCACAAACAGGACCCCAUGAUGAUAGAAUUUUGGGGAUAGGCGCUCACACAGAUUUCGAGUGCUUUACAAUACUUUGGCAGGAGCCCGGGAUCGAGGCCUUGCAGGUCCUGAAUGCCAAUAAGGAGUGGAUAAACGCAACGCCCAUCCCAGGAACACUCGUCAUCAACAUUGCUGAUCAAUUUAUGCGCUGGACGAAUGACGUUUUUAAAUCUACUGUUCAUCGUGCGAUAAACCGAACAGGCGUCGAGAGGUAUUCAAUCCCUCUGUUUUUCGGUGCUGAUUACAAUGUCAGGCUCGAUCCAAUACCGACGUGUGUAUCUGCUGAUCGCCUACCACGAUACGACGUUGUCACUGCUGGCGAAUACUCUGAGGAACGACUUCGGGUUGCAUAUAAGAAUGCGGUCAAAGCAAAUUAGUCGGACUUAUGAGAGGAGAUGGAUUUAAUUCUUGGUUUGAUUACUGCGCUUGAGAUCGUGUUGCAUUGUAUAUAGUUUUUCAACGUGGAAGUCAUCAUCUGUAUACUAGUGUAUUAAAGACGUUUGCUAGGCCAUCUCAA